AUGAGUGAUGAAAAAUCAAAAGGAAAAGACGCACCGAAGCCACGUACGAUACCCAAAUACAUGAACUUUAUCAUCGGAGGCACCGCCGGGAUGAUGGGUAUUACUAUAGUACAGCCAGCCGACUUGUUGAAGACCCGUAUGCAGUUACUGGGUCCCGCUGGCAAAAACGCGUCGUUCGUGAAGGUUGCAGGUGAUAUCCUGAGAAAAGAGGGUAUUCUAGGUUUCUACGUAGGUCUAUCGGCUGCCCUGCUCCGCCAGGCCACUUACGGCACUGGUAGACUUGGCUGCUUCAAUGCAAUGUUCGACUGGCAUAAAGCUAAUCGCGGCGUUCCCAAUUUUCCGACGAAGAUCGCAAUGGGUGUGGUUUCCGGUGCUUUUGGAGCAUGGAUAGGCACACCUGCUGAAGUAGCGCUUAUUCGAAUGACUGCUGACGGCAGGUUACCGCCAGAAAAGAAGAGAAACUAUAAAAAUGUAUUCAACGCUCUCACCAGGGUAACGCAAGAAGAAGGCAUAACAACACUAUGGAGAGGUGCCGGUGCUACUGUCAGCAGGGCUAUGGUGGUCAAUGGCGCCCAACUGGGCUCCUAUUCCCAGGCUCGAGAAAUUCUUCUGCCGUACAUGUAUGAUGGCUUACCACUUCACGCAGCAGCAGCCAUGAUUGCCGGCUUCGUCACUACUAUUGCCUCACUGCCCGUCGAUAUUGUAAAGACCAGAGUACAGAACGCAGAAAAAGGUACCGGCCAAUUACAAGUUUUGAGGAGUGUCAUCCGAAACGAAGGCGUCAUGGCUCUCUGGAGCGGUAUGAUGCCGACCUACGCCAAAAUCGGACCUAUGACUAUACUCAUAUUUGUAUUCUUAGAACAGCUCAACAAACUGUACCUCCACGUAACAAGUUGA